UUUGGUUGGGAAAUGACUGGACCAGUUUUGGCAGCUCCACCUCCCCUGGGUGGGGCAGCAAGCCCCGAUAAAAAGGCCCUCUGUUGCACCAGUGCCAUCCUCCUGCUACUCAAGUCCUGAUAGACUUUGGAGAAACUGAUUCUAAGACUCCAGAAAGAUGUCUUAUCAGCAGCAGCAGUGCAAGCAGCCCUGCCAGCCACCUCCAGUAGUGUGCCCUCCCAAGUGCCCUGAGCCCUGCCCACCUCCAAAGUGCCCUGAGCCCUGCCCACCUCCAAAGUGUCCUGAGCCUUGCCCACCUCCAAAGUGCCAGCAGAAAUGCCCUCCUGUGCCACCUCCCCAACAAUGCCAGCAGAAGUGCCCACCCAAAAACAAGUAGGAGCACCAGCUUUUAUCUGGAUCAGGAAAGGAUGAGGACAGUUGACUCACCUAGCUCCACAGCUCCACCUUCAUCUUCUCUUUAAAGCCUAUCGUGGAUACAGAAGAAGGUUUUCCAUUCUUCAGCCGGCAGUAUGCCUGUGGUGAUUCCUGACUGCCAGAGAUAUUGCCUUCCUGAGGCUGCUGCACCACUUCCCUCUGGGAGGACAACUGAGAAAGCAUCACAGCACUUCAGAGGGAAGAGCAACAGCUCUCCUCCUGGGCACCAUCAAGGGACUCUCUCCCUGUAUUCUGUGUCUGUCACCUGGGGACGGGUUUCUAUCAGCUGGGCAAUUGUUACUUAUUCUCCACUUCCUGAGUAAACUACAAUUCCUUUG